AUGGCAGCGGGAGUGGCGGCGUGGUUACCAUUCGCCCGGGCGGCUGCUAUAGGAUGGAUGCCGGUAGCCAGUGCGCCCAUGCCGACGCCCCCACCUGACAACCGGCGAAAACAGGACGGGCUCAUCUUGCUCAAUGUCAGCGGUCAGAAGUUCCAGACGUGGCGGAAUACAUUGGAGCGGUACCCGGACACUUUACUGGGCAGCACAGAGCGGGAAUUCUUCUUCCACGAGGAGACAAACGAAUACUUUUUCGACCGUGACCCGGAUAUUUUCAGACACAUUCUGAACUUCUAUCGUACCGGGAAGCUGCACUACCCGCGCCAGGAGUGCAUCUCGGCCUACGAUGAGGAGCUGGCCUUCUUUGGGAUCAUACCGGAGAUCAUAGGGGACUGCUGCUAUGAAGAGUACAAGGACCGGCGGCGGGAGAACCAGGAGAGAAUCCAGGAUGACGAGGACAGCGAGAACCAGAACGAUAUGGUCCCGCCGGAUAUGACAUUCCGAGAAACCAUGUGGCGGGCCUUCGAGAACCCCCACACGAGCACCAUGGCCCUGGUGUUUUAUUACGUCACCGGCUUCUUCAUUGCUGUUUCCGUGAUGGCCAACGUGGUGGAGACGGUCCCGUGCGGGACUUUGCAAAAUCGGGUCAAACAGGUGUCGUGCGGGGAGCGGUAUGCCUUGGCAUUUUUCUGUCUGGAUACGGCCUGUGUCAUGAUAUUCACCGUGGAGUACCUGCUGCGUCUAAUGGCGGCGCCCAGUCGCUGGAACUUCAUCAAGAGCGUGAUGAGCGUCAUCGAUGUGGUGGCCAUUAUGCCCUACUACAUCGGCCUGGUCAUGACGGACAACGAGGACGUCAGCGGGGCCUUCGUCACCCUGAGGGUCUUCCGGGUUUUCAGGAUUUUCAAAUUCUCCCGCCACUCUGCGGGGCUGCGCAUCCUGGGCUACACGCUGAAGAGCUGCGCCUCGGAGCUGGGCUUCCUGCUCUUCUCCCUCACCAUGGCCAUCAUCAUCUUCGCCACUGUCAUGUUCUACGCCGAGAAGGGCUCCUCAGCCAGCAAGUUCACCAGCAUCCCAGCAGCCUUCUGGUACACCAUCGUCACCAUGACAACUCUGGGAUAUGGAGACAUGGUUCCUAAGACCAUUGUAGGGAAGAUCGUUGGUUCUGUCUGUUCUCUGAGCGGUGUGUUGGUCAUCGCCCUGCCCGUGCCCGUCAUCGUGUCCAACUUCAGCCGCAUUUACCACCAGAGCCAGCGGGCAGACAAGAGACGCGCCCAAAAGAAAACCAAACUUGGUAGAAUUGCCGCGAGGAAGAGUGGAGGGACUAGCGCUUAUUUGCAGUAUAAAAGCAACGGGCUGCUGAGUGACCUCAUCGACGAGGCAUCAAAGGCAGCAGGCCAGGCGCUGGUGUGCAAGGCCAACCCCAUGUUCGAUACGCACCACAAUCACCUAUUGCACUGCCUGGAGAAGACCACGAAUCAUGAGUUUGUGGAUGAGCAAACGUUUGAGACCAGCCUACUGGAGGUUUCCAUGGCGAAGCACCCGCCUCACUCCCCCUCCCUCUCCUCUGGCUCCUCCUCCCAAGGCCUGUCGUGCUGCUCGCGACGCAACAAGAGGAAGAGCUUCAACGUGCCCAACUCCAACAUGACUGGAGGGCAUAGGAACAGCAUCCAGGAGCUUAGCACCAUCCACAUCAGAGAGAGACCAAUCACUAACAGUCGCUCCAGUCUGAACGCUAAGUUCGAGGAGACGGUGCCUCUGAACUGCAAGCAGCCCUACAUCACGGCGGCCGUCAUCACGCUGCCCACGCCGCCCGUCACCACGCCCGAGAACGACGGCUCCGCCUCCUCCCCUGACUACUCACAGGCCAACAUCGUCAGAGUGUCCGCACUCUAGGCCCCUCGCCCCCCACCCCCCACCCCAUCUCCAUGGCAACCCUAACACGGAGAGAGAGAUAGAGAGAGCUAGAGAAGAGAGAC